AUGAACAGCAAGGAUUGCGCCGAGCUCUCAGAAAACGGCCACCACAUCAAGGUUUUCCUACCCAAGAAGCUGCUGGAGUGUUUACCCAAGUGUACUACUUUACCGAAGGAGAGGCUGCGCUGGAACACUAAUGAGGAGAUCGCCUCUUACCUUAUUACCUUCGAGAAACAUGACGAAUGGCUUUCUUGUGCCCCCAAAACCAGACCACAGAACGGCUCCAUCAUCCUUUACAACCGCAAGAAGGUGAAAUAUCGCAAAGAUGGCUACUGCUGGAAGAAAAGGAAAGACGGCAAGACCACGCGGGAAGACCACAUGAAGCUGAAGGUGCAGGGCAUGGAGUGUCUAUAUGGGUGCUAUGUCCACUCCUCCAUCGUCCCCACCUUUCACCGCCGCUGCUACUGGCUCCUGCAGAACCCCGACAUUGUCUUGGUCCACUAUCUCAAUGUCCCAGCCAUCGAGGACUGCGGUAAGAUCUGCGGCCCGAUUCUCUGCUCCACCAGCAGUGACCGCAAGGAAUGGAUGAAAUGGAGCAAAGAAGAAUUGAUCAGUCAGCUCAAACCCAUGUUUCAUGGCAUUAAAUGGUCCUGCAGCAACGGAAACGGAACCAGUGAAUUCUCCAUAGAGCAGCUCGUGCAACAGACGCUGGAGACGCACCAGGCCAAGCCGCCUCCUCGCACUCACACUUGUCUGUGUAACACCAAUCUGGGGUCAGCGGGUGGUGUGCCUCACAAAUGCACCAGUACGAAGCACCGCAUCAUCUCUCCGAAGGUGGAGCCUCGACUGUGUCCCUUCCCUGCCCUCACGGAGGUCCAGAACAUUUCAUCCACCUCAGCAGAGCCCGACCAAGGCAAAGACCGGAGGCCAGGAAAUAAGGGUGGCAAGACGCCUUCGGGGAAUGACCCCAGCUCCUCACAUUCCUUCCCUGAGCUUCCUGAUACCACCCAGACCUCACCACCACUGGCUCUCUCCAAUGGCUUCUACACUGACCGAGAACUAGCUGGGGUUACCAUAACCACCACCCCUGGUGUUCCCGGCAUCAGCGCAGUACUGGUGAUGACCGGAAUACCUGAAAAGCCUCUGGCAUUGACUCCAAGCCAGCAUUUGAUGCCAGCUGAUGCUGGAACCCAGCCUGCCGCUGUACCCAUCGGUAUUUCCCUUCUGCCCUCA